AUGGAACCCUUACAACUACGGGGACAAUGGAAUGCUGUCUACCUUAUGGUCGGAACGUCCGUUGGCCAUCGUGAUACUCUUUGCGAUGUCAACGCUUUUUGGAAUAAAAUUGAACUAAAUAGACAGCUACAGGAUCAAUCGCAGACCGCAGAGGUUGAAGCUACUAGUUCGUUGAUAAGUGUUUCCAAAAAAACCUUUGCAACAACAAUUAGAAACGUUCAUUCAGCUGUCGAAAAUGUUAACGACACAUUUACAUUGACAAUAACAGGAAAUCCCAAAACACGAUCAGCUGAAGAAGCUUCCCCUAUUGUUACACCUCCUCCCAACCUUCGCGAUCGCUCUCCUUCUCCAUCUUAUUACAACGGGAAUAAUUCUUUAAAUGAUUAUGAUGAAGAAUCAGCUGAGGUCUCCAGUGACUUUUUUUUUUAA